GUUGUAGUUUGCCAAUCACAUAUCUGAUCGCUUUAGGGUUUAUCUUUUCUUUUUUCCUCGCCUUCGCAUAGCUUUGGUCUUGUAUGACUUUGCUAGUUCCGGCGUGUUUCCAUAUGUGUGAGUUGGUGUUGGUUGUGUGCAUCUUAGCAAUGCAGAGGCCAGGUGUGUUCUAAUUGUGUUAUGUAUAUUCUUAAUGCUCAUUUUGAGAAAAUAAAAUUCACCCUUUAUCAAAAAAAAAAGAUAGAGUCAUCAAGAUGCAUACUUCUUUAAUCUGGUGUUGUAAGAAACAUAUUUGAAAUAACUAUCCAAUUUAUUUUAAAUGUAUAGCAGUAUUUACGUGAAUACUACACGGUCAGGUAGACAGGGACUGCCUAGCUUCAUUUAUUCAUAUAAAGUCCCAUUCACAUGUAUGCAGAUCUUCAAAGUAGUGAACAAACAGUCAGACAUCUCCACAACAUAAUUUUAAAGUAGUCGUUAGAACAACUCAUCUAGAUCGAAUCCGUCAAAAAAAAUCUUCUGCAUUGAAAUUCAUACAUACCUUGAAAUUUUGAACAAAAAAAAAUAUUACACCAAAUUCUAACAAAAAAUUCAUAAAACAAAUCUGGAAAAAUUGCGUUUCAUUUUCACGUGCAAUAAAAUGGCCCAACAACAGUACACUGCAGAUCGCCUCUACGACCACACGGUAGGAGUGUCUCAAGGUCCCAAAAUUUAACAGAUACCUGAACUUGCAGAAGUUUUCAGAAAUGACAAAUAGCAAAGUUGCAGCUAGUUAUAACCAAGUCUAGAUGGUAUGUGUGUAUGCCUCUCUUCUUUCACACAUAUCCCAUAUUUUCAUUCUUUUCUCUAGAAAAGAAGCGGAUCAUCAUGACGGUUGCGGUAUAAAUUUAUAUCUCUGUUGUCAGUCUUUGUGGUUACCACAGAAAUUAACGACUAUAAAAGGGUGAUAGAAGGACAACCAGAAAUUGUAUCCCUCUUUUAUUAUUAGAUAUAGAUUGAACAAUAACAAAUUUAAGACAUGUGGGCGCACACAUGCAUUAGGAACUGGCUACUCUAACCUAGAAAAAGCCAGUCACAUCAUAUGAAAUGGCGCCCAGAUUUUGUCUUGUUCUCGAGAUUUAUUUUUCUUUGCACAAAAUGGGAUCCUCAGCUCCCUUGUUGCCGCUAUCCGAAAGGGCUAUGGCUUCCACCCAAAUAUCACCACCACUAAUUCCUCUUAGAAUAAAAUCAAAGGGGUAUUUUUAAUGUUACCCGACCUAGUUAUCUUUUUGCUAUGGCCAUAAAUAAAAAUUCUAAUUAAGACGUCAAAUGUAUUUCUUAAAUUUAGAUUUGCAAGUUGUUAGCUUUUGCAAAUUAAAAAAUUUCUCCGGAGGCACAAAAUAUUUGACAUCUAGUUAUGCAAAGGCAGUGUUUAUACUCAAUACACCUCAAAAUCAUUGAAAUUUUGUCAAAUAAUUGAAUCAUCAUUUACUAUGACUGUAUGCUAUAGAGUUUCCAUGUCCCAUACGUUUAAUUGAUACGUUAACGACUGUGGUUAUAAUUGUAACCAAUAAAUUUAUGCAGAGGUCAGAGGAAAGGAUGAAGAUUAGAAUCAAUAAAUUGAAGGAAGUUGUUCACAUGUUGUUUAAGACUUGCAGUAAUAGUUUAGAGAGAAUCAAGUUGGUGGAUGCAGUCCAACACCUAGGAAUAGCACACCUCUUUGAAAUACAGAUAGGCAUGGCACUAAGUGACAUACAUGAAAGUGAACUCAGUAUCUCUAGUCUUCAUGAGGUUGCUCUUCGGUUCCGCCUUCUUAGGGAACAUGGGCUUUGGGUAUCUCCAGAUGUAUUCAAAAAGUUUAGGGGCGAAGAUGGGUCCUUUAACGGGUAUAUAACAAACGAUCCGAAGGGACUCCUAUGUCUCUACAAUGCAGCAUACACGUUAACCCAUGGCGAGCCAGAACUCAGAGACGCCAUCUCUUUUGCAAGGCAUCAUCUCGAAUCAUUGGCAUCGAGCCUUGAAUCCCCUUUAGCAGAGCAAGUCAAGCGUGCCCUUCAUGUACCACUACCAAGGACCUAUAGGAGGUUGGAGGCGCUGCGCUACAUGCCAGAAUAUGAACAAGAAGAAGGGCACAAUCCAAUCCUUCUAGAGCUUGCAAAGCUGGAAUUUAACCUCCUCCAGGGUGUCCAUUUGAAGGAGCUCAAAGCUAUAUCUGAGUGGUAUAGUGACCUUAAGGGAUAUGUGGGACUAAGUUUUGCUCGGGAUCGUGUGGUAGAGAGCUACCUUGCGGGAUAUUGUGUGUUCUAUGAGGAAGAGCACGCUCUCCCACGAAUGAUCUUUGCCAAGUUAAAUUUUCUGCAGACAAUGUUGGAUGACAUCAAUGAUGUUAGUGCCACCUUGGAGGAGUAUGGGAAGCUCGACGCAGCCAUACAAAGAUGGGAUGAGAGCGCCGUUUCUCUUGUGCCAGGGUAUCUAACGAAGUUCUAUAAUAAACUGUUGAUCUGCUUUAAGGAGUUUGAUAAUGAAUUGAGAGUCAAUCGAAGAUAUUCAAUUGAUCACAUCAAGAAGAAGUUCCAACUGCUAUCUAGUUGUCAUCUCCAAGAGGCUGAAUGGUUGCACAAAAAUCACAAGCCCAGGUUUGAAGAUAAAUUGCAUUUGGGUGCCAUGUCCGUAGGCGCGGUAGGGCUAUGCGUGUAUAUGAUGGUUUGCAUGGGUGAUAAAAUGCCCAAGGGAGCACUGGAGUGGGCACUUGGAUACCCCGAUGUCAUCAUGGCAUGUGCCAAGAUUGGGCGCCUAAUGAAUGACCUUGCUGCUUCAUUCAAACCCCGGAACAACAUGGACGUGGCCAACUGCGUGGAGUGCUACGCCAGUGAGCACAAGGUCGCAGAGGAGGUCGCCUUUUCUGCCAUCGACUCGAUGAUAGAAGAUGAGUGGAGGACCACCAACCAAGCUCGAUUUCAACAAGGCCGUGAGCUGCUGCCUGCGGUGCAACGGGUCGUCAACUUGACUCUCAGCGUGCCAGUGUACUACGGUGAUAGGAAAGAUGCCUUCACUUUUAGCUCGCAUCUUGAAGACAUCAUCAAGAGUCUCUUUGUCAAGCCCAUUCCCAUCUAGCUACUACUUUGUGUACAUCAUGCAAGCAUGCAUUAAGUAUUUGUUUUCUUAUGUACCUUCAA